AUGGGAGGUGCCCCGAACUAUACCAUCGACGAGGUGAUCGCCCGUCUUGUCGCUCUGGGAAUUGCACAAUUACCAGCAGCUGCCGUUCAACAGUUGGAGACACCCGAAAGCAGUGAUAUACCCGAGUCUACGAACCCUUCCAGUGAGCAGGUGCAGGCGCCGGUCGACGCUGCUGGGCUUCCGUUGGACACUCUCCAAAUAGGCAAUUUCACAUUUCCAUGCCCAGCGAAGUGGUCGAGACAGGAAGGGCUAGGACAAGAUCCUGUAGAUCUCCAAGAGCGUACCGAUAGCAAUCACCAGCUGGAAUCAUCCCCACCAUACCUCGAAAAGCCACUCACCAGCUGCCGUAUCCACUUCCUCCCGAUCCAAAGCUUCCCGCUAACGUGGCUCUCCAUCUCACCCGCCUUACAACGCUAUCCCUCAACAACAACCCCUUCGGAACUCUUAGAUCACAUCACCUGCGCGGCGCACAGACGAUGGGUGGAGCUGACGAGGGAUGUGCUGCAUAUCAGAUCUGGGCGGAAUGCUGUUGCAGCAAGCGAGGAGGAUCCAACGUUGCGGAGAGCGGGGUUUACGAUUGUGUUGCGGGAUGGGCCGAAAGGGCUGUAUCGGGGCUACUGUUUGGUCCAGAAGCUGGGCUCGAAUCCUGCGGGGCAACCGACUGGAAAUCUGGCGGACGACGCUGUCCCCACGCUGUUGAUUGUGUAUGACUGUACCGACUUGGUGGAGUUUGCGACGGGCCUGGAUGCGUUUUUGGACGUCAUACGGAAAUGCAAAGCGUCGAAUGCGUCGAAUGACAGUGAAUCGGCGCCGGUGAUCAAAUCGCCCUCCCCCCCUCCAGUGGAGAUUCCGAUCGAUUGGCGGCAGGCUUUGGCGGAUGCGUUGAAAGUCGACUUGGACGGCGUUCAGCUGUGGAUCAAGAAGAUCACCGGGUAUCAGUCGGGGCAGCAAGCACAACCGCAAGCAGCGUCCUCACAAUCCGCCGUUCCAAUGGGCCCGUUCACGUUUCCCAUGCCAUCAAAUUGGGGUCUCGCUUCGGGCCCCCAGCCACCGUCAACAGCAGCAGAUGCCCAGCAAGGCAAUCCAUCAAUAUCACAGCUCACCGUCAUCUCACCACUCAGCCCUGUCCAUCCCGCGUGCGCCAUUUUCUUCCCACCCUUCACCUUACCAGCCGGGCAUCCCCUUCUCCAAGCAACAUCUGCACCAACAACUUUAACCUCCGAUGAAGUCAUACCCACGCUAGAAGUCGUAGCCAAAACUGCCCAUGCAGCGGGAUCUCUAACAUUGGCCAACCCACCCAUCACAACGCGUUUCUCAGAAUGCAUUGUUCAACACUAUGUCUUGCAGCAAAGUGGCGCACAACGGAGAGCUACGUGGGAGUUCCGAAUCUACGCUGCCGUAGUGCACUUGGGCGCACUCUACGUCACCCUGUUUUCGACAAGCGGGAUGACGGGCUACGCUACACAUAAGGACACAUUCCACGAUAUGGUCAGGGAUGGAUUUGGCAGUUUGGACGAUGACAAGCCGGAUCACGCCCAUCAUGAUACGUCUGCGAAUCCGGAACCCAAGGACGCCAAAGAGUCGCAUGGCCCGACUCCUGGUCAGCCACGACAGGGCCACAAACGCACUACCCGGCCCAAGUUCGCGACCAGUCAUAGGCCGAUGACACUCGAAGGUCUUUAUCUCGGAUCAGGGAUGGGAUCGUUACGACUCGAUCCCGUAACGGACAAGAUGCAUAAUCCUUAUCUGGUCAUAACUCUUCUGUUGACGCACGCUGCUAAAGCGUAUGUGAACUACGUCCCCACGAAGGGACGGUUGUCUUAUUUCCCGCAUAACGACGAUGAGCAGGAGAAGCAGGGUCAGAAGCGCGCAGGCAGCGUUAAUGGAUCCACUUCCUCGCUGCUAUCAUUGUCGACCGAUGCCUCGAUCGAGGUACCGGAUGCGAUUCCAAGUCAAACACAAGCGCCGAAGGAGUCGGAUCCCCCGGCACUACCACCACGGCCACCCGCUGAAGAACCCACUCCAAUCGGCACCUACACGAUGGAGGAUGACGGCGACCGGAUUGUCAUCACCCUCCCACCCACCACCACGACACCCACGUCCACACUCAUCUCCGGCAAAGUCACCGAUGACUACACCCUCACCUUUCCCACAACCGCCUUCCAAACCUUCUCCUCCCUAACGCUCACCUCCGUCCUUCCCUUACCGAAUCCGCCACCGGCUCCGCCAACAUCGUCAGGGCAAAACGGAAAGAUGCAGAAACGGAAAUCAGUCUCCGGGAUCGCGGCGUCGAAUGCAGCUGUGCUGACGGCGUCGAAAUACACGACCGAGGAGGGCGGGGCGUUGGUUUUCCAGCGGCAUUUGGUACCGUUGGGCGGUCCUGAGAUCGCGGGUGGGGCUGAGACGAGGGACUGGUCAUUGACGUAUGAUCAUCCGGUACUGGGGAAGGCGACGGAUGUUCGAUUUGCGAUGGAUCAUUAUAGUAUCAUAUUACACCCUGUUGCGGGCGCUGUUGUUGAGCCAACGACGCCCGUCACGCCCGGAGACCAGCCGGCGGUAUCUUCGACCGAGUCCGGAACUACGACCGCGAAACCGCACUCGGUCUUUAGGCACAGCAGCAGCACCAGCGGCGCGCGCAAACCGCAAUGGACCGUCUACGUCCCCCGCGAAGAAUGCGAGCGGCACCUGCAACAACAAAAGAUGUACCGCGACUCGCUGGGCAAACAGCACGCGAAGAAUGCGAAACACGCCGGUUCGACCGCGUCGGCUGCUGGUCAUGCUGAGAACAGCGGGAAUGGGAACAGGUCGCGGUCUGCAUCGGAUACGGCUUUGCCGCUGUGUGAGUGGCCGCCGGAGGUGCUGUUUGUGGAGGGGAUUCGGUUCGUGCGUGAUCACGACGCGUGA